GCUGUUCGAUGAUCGGUGGGUUGGGCUGCUUUGAGCGAAAGGAGCGUUAAAGAGUUUUUAAUGUCCGCCAUGUUGGCCAUGGCGCACUGAACCACCGAUAGACCGCGGAGCCUCUGAAAAAAAUUGACCGAAAGAGAGCGACCAAGAUCCGGGCCUUCCCGGCUCCGUUCGCGAAGCCCUAUAUUUAGCUUCAACCAGUCGAACCGUAGAUUCCAGAAUAACGCACAGAAUCAUCAAUGAAAGCGCAAUUUGAGAUCGGUGUGAAUUUGAGGAGAUCGGAUAGCUUUAUGUUGCAUCUCGAAUUAUAAAAAAUGAGUAAAUUGUCGUUUCGGGCACGGGCGCUGGAUGCUUCCAAGCCACUACCCGUUUUCCGAUGUGAGGAUUUACCCGAUCUGCACGAAUAUGCAUCUAUUAACCGGGCAGUGCCGCAGAUGCCGACGGGGAUGGAGAAAGAAGAGGAAUCGGAACAUCAUCUCCAGAGAGCCAUGUCUGCCCAGUCGGUCUACGGAGAGAAACACAACAUGGUCAUCCCCGUACCGGAGGCGGACGGCAACAUUGCCUACUACGAGUCCCUCUACCCCGGGGACUUUAAGAUGCCAAAGCAGCUCAUUCACAUACAGCCUUUCAGCCUGGACACAGAGCAGCCUGACUAUGACUUGGACACAGAGGACGAGGCGUUUGUGAACAAGCUGAAGAAAAAGAUGGAGAUCACUUUCCUUCAGUUUGAGGAGAUGGUCGACCGGCUUGAGAAAGGCAGUGGGCAGCAGACGGUGAGUCUACAGGAGGCCAAGCUGCUUCUGAAGGAGGACGAUGAGCUGAUCAAGGAGGUGUUUGACUACUGGACCAGGAAGAGGAAAAACAGCACGCACGGCUCCUUGCACCCCACAGUGAAGCAGGAGAAGAGGGAUGGCUCCAGCACCUCAGAUCCCUACGUGGCCUUCCGCAGGAGGACCGAGAAGAUGCAGACCAGAAAGAACCGUAAGAAUGAAGAGGCAGGCUACGAGAAGAUGCUGAAGCUGCGGAGGGACCUGAGCCGGGCCGUAACUAUCCUGGAGAUGAUCAAGAGGAGGGAGAAGAGCAAGAGGGAGCUUCUGCACCUCACUCUAGAGAUUGUGGAGAAGAGAAACGGUAUGUCCGACUUUGGCGGUGAGAUCAUGGCUGAGGUCCUGGCCCAACGGGCUCUGGCCAAGCCUGCCCACAUCAUCCCCCUGGUACCGCUGACCAACCAGUAUCGACACCAGGACCACAUGGACCUAAAGGAGUACAAGUUCAAGCCGGAGAAGACUGAGGUGGUCAGGCAGAAGAGGAAGUACGAGAAGAAGCCCAAAGUCUUACCCCUGUCGGCCGCCGCCCCCCACCACCCCGGGACCCCUGUGUUCAACGCCAAGGACGUCCACCAGUAUGACUUCCCCAGCUCUGACGAUGAGUGCCACUCCCAGAUUAACUCAGGCUCCUCUGAAGCGGAGGAGGAGAACGACCCCGACGGUUCCUUUGCAUUCCGGAGGAAAGCAGGCUGUCAGUAUUACGCUUCUCGGUUGGACCACGGGGGCAGCUGGCCAUGGGAUAGCCCGUCCGAGGGCAGUCUGGGAGACGCCCGCUACCGCUACUGCCUCACCACUCUCACUGUGCCGCCACGCUGCCUGGGCAUGGCACGCCGACGCCUGGGACGAGGGGGCAGGGUUUUGUUGGACCGGGCUCAUACGGACUUUGACAAUGUGUUUCAUGGGCUGGACUCAGAAAUGCUGGACCUGCCCGCCCACUCGCCAGUCACAGACAAGUUUGCAAGUACCUCACCAACAAAUACCUCGGCCAGAACUUUUUCUUCCUCUCCGGACCUCAGUCAGAUCCUGUUAAACAUUAAGGCGAGCCGAUGGCGCCACUUUAGACCCCGGACACUACCACUAAACGACGGGGACGAUCCACUCACGGAUCCCUUGUUCAGGAGGCGGAGCAUGGGGUUCCGUAGAAUCACCUCUGCCCUGGUUAGCACCGCGGGGCCCCUUCGAGGACCGGCCCCGCCUGCCCCCACUGUUGCAUUCACCCCCCAGCAGUACCAGCAGCACCAGGAACAGCUGGCCUUGAUGCAGAGACAGCAGCAGCAGCAAGCCAACAACUCCGGCACUGCCAACAGCACACAGGGUUUGGUGUCCAAGACAUUAGAUUCAGCCGGCGCCCAGUUUGCUGCCUCGGCCCUGGUGACCACAGACCAGCUGCUGGCCUUGAAGACCAAGGACGAGGGACGACCUGGCGGUGGAGUCAAUGGCGUCCUCCCACCGUCCGGUGUCUACAAGAGCCUGCACCUCCCUACCACGGCGUUCCUGUCGCCCUCUGCCCCUACCUCCGCCCCGGUCACCGCCACUAGCCCCGCCUCCCCGUUCCUUUUACCUGGCGCCAAGAACACCAACGGCCCCCCCCACGCCAACGCCGCCAACUCGGCCCCCACUCAGGUCCUGACGGGAAGCAACAACAACAGCGGCAACCUCCGUCUGAGCAUGCCAUCCCCCGGGACGGCCCUCACCAAGCGCCAGAUCCCCCGGACGCUGAGCCACGUGGCCGUGUCGCCGUCUGCCUUAAAGCUGGCCACCGCUAACUGUCAAAUGCCCAAGGUGUCCGCCAACACGCCGUCCAUGGACAUGGUUUCUAGGGAAAAUCACGAUCAAGACAAGCCGGCCCUCGGCAGUAUAUCGGACAACACAGUGGCCAUGGAGGUUACGUAGCCUCAGGACGCUGAGGGGACUGUGGGGGCUCAGCCGGAAAACUCAUUUUAAGGUGCUAUGCAUCGGCUAGAACGGCUAGCGGAGUACAUGCUCGCGGCACGCGGCGCUUGGUCUCCACGGUAACUGUUGGGACUUAAUUGCAAUGCUCUUCACAAUAUAUUUUUUUUCCCCCUCCCAUUUCCUAUUUGUUACUGUUCAUAAGAUAUCAACGUCUGUAAAACGAAUAUGGCAAUUAUAUGUACAGUACUGCAUUAUUUGUAAAACCCUCCCCCCCCACCCACAUUAUUUGUAAUACUCUUCCCCCCCACCCCCUUGUAUAUAACAUUACUUGAAUACAGAACUUGUUCAUUUGUGAUGUUUUGCACUUGGGAUAAACAAUUUAAAAAAAGACGACCUGCAACUGUUGACGUGGGUGUGUUGUUCAGCAGGGCGUGUCAUCAUCACUUGGCGUGGAACCUGCUGUUUUUAUCUAUUUAUUGUGUCGUGUUUACAGGUUUUUCUUUUCAUUUUUUUUCUGUUUGUUUUCUGUUUUUGUUUUGUUUCGGGGUUUUUUUGUACACUGUUCUGUAGUCAAUGUGUCUAGGUAGCUAUGAACUUCUGUAUUUUAUGUAGAAUUGUGAACGUAUCCAGGGGUUCCUCACUUGCAGAUUUCCUUGUUGAUUUAUUGUAUCACGUGGCAACAAACGGUGACAUGCAUUCAGAUUUGGCGGAUUGAUUUGAGGCAUCAGGUUGUCAGUCAGUGGGUAUUCACUUGCUAAAGCUCUUCCAUUUGAAAUUGUUCCUGAGACAAGUAACAAAAUCGGGAUGAAGUCUCUUCCCAGAAGUCACUGCUGCUUUCCACCUAUCUAAGCACUAUUCGUUUUGAUUUAAUGCUGCUUAUAUGAUUUCAGACUCCGGUGUGUUUCACAUCAGAGGACCUUAUUUUUUUAUCUUUUCCCUAUUAUUUUGUGAAAAAGAAAUGUAGUCCCCCAUUUUUGAUAAUGAUUGUAUGUUCCUCUUUGAAAGGCUUCAUUCUUUUGUUACUUGUUGAUGAAAAAGGGGAGAACAAUGCGGUAACUGCUCAACUACAUUAUCAUCAUUCCAGUUUAUACAUAAAAAGAAAAUGUAUGAAAAAGACAGAUUAUUUUGCUUUUAGAAGAAUAAUUCUCCAGAAGGCUGUGAGGCUGAGAUGAAACACGUAUCGGGUGCCUUCCUUUGGAAACAUGACCUCUCUUCUGUGAAGAGUAUGGUACUGAACAAGGCUACUAGUUAGUUUUCUUUGUACCACAAUCUGAAUGCCCAUUCCAAUGGCAUAAUUUAUCCAUGAGGUUUUUUUUUUGAGACCCACAAAAAAAGAAAGUUGGAAAAAGAAUCCUCCUGAAUUCUCACAAAAAAAUAAAACCCAGGGCAUUAUGUGUUUGGACCAGUA